UUGUUAUAUUUGUUACAAUCUAUUUCAACGCCACUUAUCAAAGCGAGCUUGGAGACCCAACUUCGACUGCCUUUAUCACUUUGGCAACUGCCCUUUGUGAUAAGUUGGUAGCAUUCUACAAGACGCUGACAAAUAGGGAUAUCAGGUGUAUAGUAAUGAGUUUCGCAAAAGGUAGUGUCGUGGCGAACGUGGAUUUAACCAUCUUAGCAAACAAUGCAUCAGAUGCAGAAGACAUCAGGAGCAAUGCUGUAAACGUCACGGCUGCGGAUAUAGGAAUCUUUCAAGUAGGCAGUGAAACGUACAGUCCAAUGACGUUAAGCUCAAAUGUAACCAUUCAGGAGAGGCAAUCUGACAUUUCCACAAUCUCCUCUACAACGGGCAUGGAAACAAAUCAAAUAACAGAGUCUACCACAACUAAAACAACAACAACAACCACAGCUUUAGCAGUCCGUCUGGUAAGACUUUCCUUAAGAGUUACUCGGCUGAAUGAUGGUAUACUGGAAUACAAUAUAAGUCUUUCUGAUUCUACGACACCUUACUUCCAAUACCUUGUCAACAUAUUUUGCAACGCGGUAAGGGAAUACAUUGAAGCCAGGUAUGAUGCGCUACAAUCCUACACUUGCGACGUACUAACAUUCGUAGAAGGAAGUGUUAUCGGUGAUAUGCAGAUAUUAAUUGAAGCGCUGACUGAAGAAGAAGCCACUGCUAUCGAACAAGCUAUCGUCGACAUCCCAACAAUGAAUCAACGUUUGACUUUUGGGAGCACAACCCUCUCCGUGAUGUUGCCAACCGAUUCACAGGGACUAUCUGGUGGAGCGAUCGUCGGUAUCGCUAUAGGGGCCGUAAGUGGCGCACUUCUGAUCAUCAUCUGCAUAAGUUUCUUACUAAUGCAUACCUUAAGGCAAGAUGCGGCCAAACGCGCGUUUGAAGAGGCGCACCAUGGUAAAUAUUAUCAGGACAGCCCCGUCUUCUUUGGUGACGAUCCCUACGAUGAUGUCUCGUCUUAUUACUCAAUCGAUCGCCGUGAGUUCGCGGUCGGUCGAGCCGUGCAAAGGCUGACAAGAGAUCGAGAACGAGGUGGAAUGUAUCAAGAUUUCCAGACACCAUACAUGGUUGAUGGUGGAGAAAACGAGGGUUAUAUUGAACGAAACCCGAUCUACUACUAAAGAUAUCUGCAAACUUUGUAUCAUCUCUUCGAAGCUUCAAGGGGAACCUUUUUCAAAGGAGAUUCAAUCCAACAGUGAGGUUCCUUAAGCCUAUAACUGUUGGUCUUAAUACCGCCGCCAUCAAUUUCAAGCUUAACCGCUCACGAUGGUGGUUCUUCUGCGUUCAGUAAUUAACGUUUAUCUUACUAAAGAGUGAGGAUAAUGCUCUUAUCAUUGUUUUGUAAAAAUAUGUAUUUUUGCUUUAUUAUCUAUUGAGGAUUAUUUUGUAUAUGUAAACACAUAUGAUAACAUGUAUUGCAUUAUUUUCAACGUACUAAAAAAUACACAGAGUGCUAAAUACAGAGUGCAAAAUGUGCUAACAGAUUACAUUUAAUUUUAAUCUUCGUUUAAAAAAAAAGAGUUAUUUGGAAGGCGUACUCGUGUUUAAUGUCUUAGUAUGAUGAAACAUGUAGAAAGUAGCAAAAAUAUGUUGAUCUAGUAAACAUUUAUUUAAACUCUACGUGAUACAAAUGUUGGAAUGUUGGUCUUAGAUAACAGAAACUAGGAAGAAUUUUUUGAUUUAUUAUGGCGGUGUUUGUGUAGAUGUAAUGAAAUAUUUGACUGUAAUAGCUACAUCUUAUUAUUAAAAUCUUGAGAAGUGAACUUC